UAACUUGACUUUGCUCAGGAUGUUUUGAAGCUUUCUCGAGGGUUACAGAAAAUACUAGUAGUGGUCAUAUAAGGAUUUGUGGCUGUUGGCCUGAAUUAAGAAAUGAAGAAAUACAGAGAACGAUGGAGAGCAAGUUCUGCAUUUUGACCGACACAGAAGACCUCAGAACCCUAAUUUCAAGUACCGCAAAUAAUCAGCAAAUUGAAAGGACAAAGACUUUGUUUGAGGAGAUCCGUGCAUCCAUCAACAACAAUGAAGAAGAGGACCGUUCCUUUUGGAGGCCUGUGCUCCCAUGGGGGGGUGUCUACACCAUCAGGGCGGGGAGGAGGGCCAUCUCAUGCACGCCUCUGUAUGUUAAGAUAAGCCUAAAGAACACCUGCACAAUUGACGGGUUCCUCAUGAUCCUCUAUAUAAUACUGAGAGACAACCAUAGCUUUCCCCGAGAGGUGGGCAUCUUUCUGGGCAGGCAGUUUGUAGAGCAUUUCCUCUACCUGAUGGACUCGUAUGACUACACCACCGUUAAGAUGCUGUGGAUCUGGGACAGGAUGUCCAAAAGGCAGUACCGCUCAGUGAUCCACCAUGCAGCGUUGGAGAUCGACCUGUUUGGUAACGAACAUGAGAACUUCACCAAGAACUUAGAGACAAUGCUGUCCACUAUGCAGGAGAGCCUAUGCACCAACUGGAGCUGUCCUGCUCGCUUCCAGGAGUUCUUACAGAGAACCAUCAACAUCAAUCCUCCUCAUGAGCUGCCCCAUAGAGAUCCCAUUCAGUCAGCGGUGGAGGAGUUCUUCUGUCCCAAAAUCAUUCUCUGCAAAGAACUGGGGUGUAAUGGGUUGAGGGAGUUCUCUCAGAGGGUCUUCUGCCAUGGCCCACCUCCUUUUGUCAUUCUCAACAUGCAGCUAUGGAAGUCUGAGGAGCUGUCCUACGUUCCUUACCAUCUGGCUCUGUCCCAACACAGGUACUCACUGGAAGGCGCCACACUCUUCAACAAGGAGGAGCAUCACUACUCUGCAGCCUUCCAGAUAGACGGCUACUGGAUGCACUAUGACGGGCUGAGGAGCGACAAUCUGAUCCUGUUAAACAAGCCCCCUGAACUCCUGCUGCUCUCUUCCCUUGUCUACAUCCGCGCCUCAGACAAAUGAGGUGCACAAAGGGUCCUGACGGGACACAGAAGGAAGGAGGGAGACACUCAACAGCACUAAUAGAAAGGAAUCUUUAGAAAAUUGCUCACCCUACACUUACACCUUCCUGUCUUUUUGUUGCCCUUAAUUCACAGAAAAAUAACCCUUUACCUUACAUUUAGUUAAUCAUGGUUUUGUCUUCCAUUCCUCAGUGAGAACAUACCAUAACAUUUUUUUAGCACCAAAUCAUAUUUUAAUGACAUGUCAACAACUUCCUUGUUCUGUUUUAUAUUUUUAAGAUUAUUUUCGAAAUGAUGUGCUCUAUUUUGCCUUACUGUUGCCUCUGAAACUCUGUGUGCAAAGUGAUAAGUGCGUCUUCUCUUUGGGCAUGCUUGGAAUCCAAGAAUUUAUGUAUGAACUAUAGUAGUUCUGGGCAGGUAUGCAUAUUGAAGAAUGAACUCAAACUUAAAUUGUUUUACUGCGUAAAUGUUUGUUGAAAAGUUUGCUUGCAGUGUGUUCUCUUGGGUGGGAUGGCAUUCAGAGAAGCAAAUUCAGCUAAUUCAACUUUGAUGUAGACUUGUCAACAGGGUAUAUAAGCUAGACCAGCAAAGCUUCUGUGAGAGUUGGUACAAUACUACAAUCUAUUUGUGCAUACCAGCCCUGACUUCAGAUUAAACUGGUGCUUUUUUAAAUACUA